AACGAUCCCCGCGCACCGCCAAAUUUGGGAAACACGUGAGCUGAAGGGGGCAUGGGAAACGUCUAACCCUCGCACCUCUGCCCGCCACCACCCUCGGGUAGUUUAAUAUUCGCUAUAAACGAGAGGAAGUCAUUCCUCGAAGUUCCGAGCUUUUCUCUUGCUCUGCUCUCUAAUGGCGGCGGCGGCGGCGGCGGCGGCGGCGGCAAGAAGCGCUCUCCUCAAGCACCUCAGGGUGACGGCGGCAUCUCCGGCGUCUCUUCACCGGGCGGCUCCCUUCUUCUUCGCCCAGCUCCUCCUCCGCCACCGCGGCUUCUCCAGCGAGGAGGUCAGGGGCACCUUCCUCGACAAGUCUGAGGUCGCCGAUCGGAUCAUCACCGUCGUCAAGAAUUUCCAGAAGGUCGAUCCCUCCAAGGUGACACCAAAUGCUCAUUUCCAGAAGGACCUUGGCCUGGAUAGUUUGGACGGUGUAGAGAUUGUCAUGGCCCUAGAAGAAGAAUUUAGCUUUGAGAUCCCUGACAACGAAGCAGACAAGAUUGACUCCAUUAGUGUAGCCGUUGACUUUAUUGCUUCACAUCCUCAGGCAAAAUGAGAUAAUGUCUGUAUUGCUCUUUGUUUCCCUCUGCUUUUUCAGAAGUUUCCACCGGCUGUUUUGUUAUAAAAAAACCAGUUGGAGCUCGAAGUUAGACUCUUUUCUUGAUCAUGUCAGUGCAGCUCAGUGCAUGGCAUUCAUGAUUUACAAUCCAUCAAUUAUGGUAUUUUUAAGCUGAAGAUAUUAUGGA